GGGAUGAAUGCGCUGUAUAAUUCAUAAUAGACAGUAACUCGUGAUUCUCAUACUGAACUCGUUAGGAUAUAGGGUAUGGUUCCGGAAUUACUGUCUAUUAUUUAUUUCUAUUGCACAAAAUACGUUCAUCGUACGUAAAUACCUAAAUUGCAAAAUUUCAUUCAUUCGUAUAACUGUCCGAUUCUUUGUGCAUCCGCCGACAUCCACCUAACGAAAUGGCAGAUCAAGAAGAUACCACCAGCCCUGAGAUCUACUUUGAACCCAUUGUCAAACUCAAGCCAGUCGAUGUCAAAAGCAUGGAGGAGGAUGAAGAGGAACUAUUCAAAAUGAGGGCAAGGCUUUAUCGAUACGCCAAUGAGGAAAGUCCUGCAGAGUGGAAAGAGAGAGGAACGGGAGAGAUCAAACUAUUGCAGAAAAAAGAUGAUCCUGAUGGUCAUGUUAGGAUACUCAUGAGAAGGGAUAAGACAUUCAAGAUAUGUGCAAAUCAUUAUAUCCAGUCACAUAUGGUCCUGAAGCCAAACUGUGGCAGUGAUAAAGCCUUUGUUUGGAACACGCUAGCAGACUUUGCUGAUGAAGAACCUAAACAAGAGACCUUAGCUAUCCGCUUUGGCAAUGCAGAGAAUGCAAAGAAAUUCAAGGAGAAAUUUGAAGAAUGUCAAAAAGUGCUGAAAGAGGCUGCUGCAGCCAAACAGCUUGAACUACUUGAGAAGAUCGGAGGUUCUAUUAAUCAGCAAGCGGAAGCUGAAAGUCAGGAAGAAAAAUCUGAUGAGAAACCAGAGAAUGAGUCCAAGCAGGCCGAGAAGGAAGCUGAGAAGUCAGAGAAAGAUGCUGAUGAUGUAGCGGAGAAGCUUGGUGGAAUGACGGUGAAAGACGCUGAGAAGACAACAGAUGGAGAAGAACCUAGCAAGGAAACGGUGAAGGCAGAUGGAGAAACAAAGGGAGAGGAGAGUAAAAAGGAGACAACAAAAGAAGAUGAAGGUGGAAGCGGGGAUUCUAAAGAUGCCUCUUGAAACAGACUUUCUCCAUCUUCUAUUUAAAGGGGUGGUUUCAAUCCAGGGAUGGCUAUUUUUUAGUAACACCAAAAAUAUAAAAUUUCAUCAUCAGUGAGACUUUUGGAUGAUUUGAAGGGCAGUUUGGACGUCCAUCGGAAAUAGUCAGGGAAAGUCUUAUUUAUAUCUACUCUCUGCCUAGGUGAAGGAGGCAAUUGGGUUCCCAAGGAAAACGGAAUCUUGUUUCAUAUCUUCAAUUCAUCUGCUAAUGAUAUGAUACAUAUGAUUGACUUCUAAAAACCCAACAAAUUAUUGGUUGUAGACGGUUACUUGUUCCAUGGUCUGUGGAGGUUAAAAUUAUAGCUAAUCCUACACCUUGUACUUAUGUGGUAAAACAAUUUUUCCACUCUAAUGGUAUAUCUGUAUUAAUAAUUUUGUAAUCUCCCUAGGGGCUAUUCCACGGUUACCCACGUUACAUUUGGAGACACCUUGACUCAUACUUGGAGCUGUAACUCCAUUAUUAUUGAUAGGAACUAAACAUCUCUUUAUCACAACAUAGUACGCAGUCUGACUAUCCUUUGUUUAAAAACAAAACUUGGGAAAUUUCAUUAUGCUUCUGGCAAAUCUUUGAAAUGUGUCGGUUACUCAUGUUACAUGAUUUGGACAUGCAUAAAAUGAAAAGUGGACAUAGGUGAAAAGUGUCCUCAUACAAGGCUUUUAUGAAAGUUGAUUAUAUCCAUUUCAAAGAAGUAUAUUAGGGAGACAAAUUUGUAUAUAAUUCAAAAAAUAAAGAACACUUGGUUUUUACUAGGGGUGCAGAUAAAGUGGUUACUCACGUUACGGUUCAGAUGGGCUAUAUGUACAAAGACACAUUGAGCUCAUGUCCACCAACCUAUGGAAUUGCCCCUAUGUGUUUUUCUUGGUCAUAUUCCACUUAACAAAUUUGAUGGUUGCAAGAGAUUAUGUGGAAAGUGGCAAUUAACUCUGUUUAUUUGUUUAUGAUUCUAGAAUCAUGUUACCAAUGUUUUAAGCCAAUGAGUAGCAAAUUCUGUAAUUCCUUUAUCCGUUCCAGUAGGUAAAUGAGUUGCAAACAUUGCAGUCUGAUUGACAGAAUAAUUUGAGUUAGGCCAUGUAUUCAAUAGAGUAUAGAUGUGAGCUUUUUUUUAGUCAGUCAUUUCAACGAUUGUUAGGGUGACUUAUCAGUUGGUAUACUACAUGUACCACUUGGUCUAAUUCUCUGUUCUUGACAUGGUCUAAACCAAUUUUGUCUACAACCUGUUCGUCUAUUAUCUAUUUCAUCUAAUUUCCACUAAGUCUAAUUUCCAAUUCGUUUAAUGACUAGUUUGGAUAAAAAUGUUUGGUAUAACAGAAGUACACAAUAUUGUUGCCCUUGUAUGGAUGUGGAAUAAUGGAGAAAUCUCAGGGGCGUCAAAAAGAUUAUUUUGUAAAUAAGGAACUGUUAAAAUAACUCAAUAUUUGGGCUUGUUUUAAUUUAUAUUGAAGGGAAAUUGACUAUAAAUGGAUGACAACGGUGGAUGCAGUAAGACAAGAAAUGGGUUGAAACUUCAGGAUAAUUUACAUUGAACAGAUUCUUGUAAAUUGGAGUAUUUUAAAUAGGUCAUGCCAGUCGUAUGUUCACCAAGAAUCAGUAUGGAUGGCUGUCUGAACAAGGCAAAUUUGAAAGAUCUUUGUACAAAAUCAUUUGAGAAUAUACUGUUUCAUGUACAGUCCACCUUUCAGAUUGUCUCCGAAUUUUACACAUUGUUUUCUUCUGAUAUGUUUUACUUUUUACAAUAAGUAUUCAAAUGUGGAGUUGUAAUUGUAACUGGACAUCAUAAAUUCCUUUUUAAUAUAAGGCUUAGAGCCAGGACCAAUUAAAAUUAAAGAUGAGGUAUUCACUAGAUCUAUCAUCUACCAUGUAAAUGGGUUCAUUGUAGCAUGGAGUGCUGUGGAGUUUUCAUGGAUUAAACCCUUAUGUCAGAGUUGGCACCUCAUAGUAAACAUUAAUCACAGAGCUGCUACAUGUAUUUCCUCAUUUAUGUUUGGAGCAUGAGGAGCUCUUACCAUCUUUGCAAUGCUUGUAUGCCUGGUUCAGAAGCUUAGCAUGAUUAUGUACAUGCAUGACAGACCUAAAAUUGCUUAAAAGAAUUUCAUGUAAUACAAAUUGAAUUUCAAGCUUGACUUCAUAAAUUAAUGGUCAUUCUUGGUACUACUUGUUAAUUUCAAUUUGUUUUUAGGCUGUCUGGUCAUACUGUAAUUAAAUACAAGUAUAAAAAAAAACAAGCCUCCCCUUGUCUUUUUAAGUUUUUAGGUUGUCAAAAUGGCCUUUUUAUUAUAUUAGGGUUGUGACUUGUGAGCACAAGACCAUUGCUAGCUCAGUUUAUUGAGAUAAGUUCAUUAUAUUCUCACUUCAAUGACAAUUAUAGAUGGAGGUAUGUUAUAUUUCAGAUUUAGAGUCAAACCUCUUUCACAAGCCUUGUUGAUUCCAUUAAUCAAGAAGAGCUAAGAUUGCAAUUUGAAUAUAAGACUGAAAUUAUUUCCAUUUUAGAUCAUUGGCAUCCAUUUUGAAAGUACUACCGUUAAGAAUAAUAAACAGUUUAUUUGGUAAUUGAUGAAUGCUUAUUGUAAUUGUAUCCAAUUCUUUGGUGAAUUAUUAUUUUUUAUAUAAGAUGUGAUUAUAGAGAGAUAUGUGAUUUAACCAUUCCAUGCAUGCAAAUAAUAAUAUUAUUAAACAUUAACACUGUUUAUAUAAAUACCCCUCCCCCUCCAGCCCACUGGACCUCAAAAAUGUCGUUUAGACAGUCAUUUUGUAUAGAACUUACUAUUUAUUGAAACUUCCACCGACACUUUGAUUUUGAUUGUCGUCUGUUACCAAGGUAGUUGCUAUCAAUAGUAAGUUCAUUGCAAUCAGAUUUUUGCUUUGAAGCAGAAAUUGUAUGUAUUAAUUUCUAACAAGAUAAAUCUAAAUGAAUGCUGCUGCUGUGCUAUGUUUGAUUAGGAUUUAAAGAGAUUUACAUGCCAUUGAAGAAAAGUCAGCAUUUUCCCAUUACUUGUUGGAUAUUUUGUAAUUUUCGUGAUACUUAUUUUUUUUCAGGUCAAGAUUAAUUUGCUGCAAAUUAAGUCAUUUGUAAUGUGUGUGUUAAUUUAUUAUUAUUUUUAAAUUUAAGUAGCCCGUAAAAUAGUUAUGAGAAAAUGUUUCUGUAUGCUGGUAUACCAUAUUACACCACACAGAAUUGUAUUAAAAUGUACAAUAACUAGCAGAUUCAGCGUCAUAAGAUUCUUGAAGAUUUUGAAUACCAAGUAAACAGAAAUUUGUACACAUUGCUCAUUGACAAUUUUUUUCCAGAUAAUUUUUUUAAUAACUUCUGGAGGUUUCCAUGACGAAGGAAUAGAGUGUAGUGGUUUCACGGUACACCAUGAAUUGUUUUGUAUGCCCACGAAUGAAUACAUGGUACACCAUGAAUUGUUUUGUAUGCCCACGAAUGAAUACAUGGUACACCAUGAAUUGCUUUGUAUGCCCACGAAUGAAUACAUGGUGUACCAUGAAACCACUACACUCUAACAUAUUUUACCCGAGUGAAACAUCGUUCAUAUAUAUAUAUAUAUAGGUAACUGUCCAAUCUGUUGGGACCACAGAUAAGGAACUAACCGUUUUAUGCAUAAUCUUAAUUCUUAAGCAAACUUAUGACUUCCAAAUGGAAGGUCAACUAAUGCAAGGUUACCUGUAUGUCAUUGAAUUCAUGAUUAUUUAUUUCUUUUAAUGAAUUUACAUCUAGAAUUCAUCAGAAAUUGAUUUUAGUUUCAGCUGCAUCAUUUUAAUUUUCUUCUGAUUUCCCCUUGCUCAUAAUAUGCAAAAAUUUUCUGUUAAUUUUCUGAGAAUAUUGAUUGUGCAAACAUUAAUUUCAUUAAACAUUUGAAAUUGUAAA